AUGGCGACUCCUUACAACGGCACCGCCGACGCGGCAGACGAUGGCUACUCGUCCGGUGUAUCUGAUCUCAACAUAUUCUACGAGACGGGCCACUUGGUCUUCCUUGUUACCAGUUCUGUACUCGUUCUACUUAUGAUCCCCGGCGUGGGCUUCUUCUACAGUGGUCUCGCUCGUCGCAAGUCUGCAUUGACACUCAUUCUGCUAUCCAUGAUUUCAGUUGCUGUCAUCAGCUUCCAAUGGUUCUUCUGGGGUUAUUCUCUGACCUUUUCACGAACUGGAAAUGCCUUCCUGGGCGAUCUCACCCAGUUUGGGCUCAUGAAGACACUUGCUGAGCCCAACGGUUCUGCUGCUCUCCCUGACAUUCUCUUUUGUCUUUACCAGGGCAUGUUCGCCGCCAUUACUCCUGCGCUUGCCAUCGGUGCUGUAGCCGACAGAGGUCGCAUCCUCCCUGCCAUUGUCUUUAUGUUCCUCUGGUCCACUAUCGUCUACGACCCCAUCGCCUACUGGACCUGGAACGCCAAUGGCUGGCUCUUCAACCUUCCCAGCUAUGACUUUGCCGGUGGAGGUCCUGUCCACGUCGCCUCAGGAACAUGCGCCCUGGCCUACUCCCUCAUGCUCGGCAAGCGUACUGGCUAUAACCACAACAACGGUCUUCCCUACCGUCCUCAUAAUGUUACCCACGUCGUUCUCGGCACGGUAUUCCUCUGGGUCGGUUGGUUUGGUUUCAACGGUGGCUCUGCCCUCGCCAUGAACAUUCGUGCAGUGAUGGCAUGUUACGUGACCAACUUGGCUGCCUCAUGCGGUGCCAUCGCCUGGAUCCUGCUCGACUACCGCCUUGAGAAGAAGUGGAGCACCAUCGGUUUCUGCUCUGGUGCCAUCUCCGGUCUCGUCGUUAUUACUCCUGCUGCUGGCUUCGUGAAGCCUUGGGCUGCUGUCAUUCUCGGAGUCUGCGGCGGUGUGAUUUGUAACUUUGCUACGAAGCUCAAGUUCCUUCUCAACGUCGAUGACAGUCUUGAUAUCUUUGCUAUCCACGGUGUCGGAGGUAUGGUCGGUAACAUCCUUACCGGUAUUUUUGGAACCAAAUCCAUCGCAGCUCUCGACGGCGGAGAGUACGACCCUAUCGGCUGGGUCGACAGCAACUGGGUACAGCUGGGCUACCAGAUCGCUGGUACUCUGGCGGUCUUCGCGUGGUCCUUCGUUCUAACUUGCCUUCUCUUAUUCUUACUCAACCUCAUCCCUGGUCUAUCUCUGCGUACCUCGCCCGAGGAGGAAGAGCUAGGCACCGAUGAUGGCCAGCUUGGCGAGUUUGCGUAUGAUUAUGUUGAGAUGACACGACACAUGGCUGACAGCACGCAUCCCACCUCCGAUGCAAGUGCGCGAACAAGCCACGAGAAGGUCUAG